CGGGGCUGAGCAUCCUGCGCCCCGGCGCGGGGCCCUGCGGUAGCCUCGGGCCCCUACCCUCGACCUGCCACCAACCCAGUGUGGAAGACAGAAACCGCAGCCAUGACCACCCACGUCACUUUGGAAGAUGCCCUGUCCAACGUGGACCUGCUGGAGGAACUGCCCCUCCCAGACCAGCAGCCAUGCAUCGAGCCCCCACCUUCCUCCAUCAUGUACCAGGCUAACUUUGACACGAACUUCGAGGACAGGAAUGCGUUUGUCACGGGCAUUGCAAGGUACAUCGAGCAGGCAACGGUCCACUCCAGCAUGGUAAAAAUGCUAGAGGAGGGACACGAGUAUGCGGUCAUGCUGUACACCUGGCGCAGCUGCUCCCGGGCCAUCCCACAGGUGAAGUGCAAUGAGCAGCCCAACCGGGUGGAGAUCUACGAGAAGACCGUGGAGGUGCUGGAGCCAGAGGUCACCAAGCUCAUGAAGUUCAUGUACUUCCAGCGCAAAGCCAUCGAGCGCUUCUGUAGCGAGGUGAAGAGGCUGUGCCAUGCCGAGCGCAGGAAGGACUUUGUCUCCGAGGCCUACCUGUUGACCCUGGGCAAGUUUAUCAACAUGUUUGCAGUCUUGGACGAGCUGAAGAACAUGAAGUGUAGCGUGAAGAACGACCACUCUGCCUACAAGAGAGCGGCCCAGUUCCUAAGGAAGAUGGCGGACCCCCAGUCCAUUCAGGAAUCUCAGAACCUGUCUAUGUUCCUGGCCAAUCACAACAGGAUCACCCAGUGUCUUCACCAGCAAUUGGAAGUGAUUCCAGGCUAUGAGGAACUGCUGGCAGACAUUGUCAACAUCUGCGUGGAUUACUAUGAGAAUAAGAUGUACCUGACACCCAGCGAGAAACACAUGCUGCUCAAGGUGAUGGGCUUUGGCCUCUACCUGAUGGAUGGAAAUGUCAGUAACAUUUACAAGCUGGAUGCCAAGAAGAGAAUCAACCUUAGCAAAAUCGAUAAGUUUUUUAAGCAGCUGCAGGUGGUGCCCCUUUUCGGCGACAUGCAGAUAGAGCUGGCCAGAUACAUUAAGACCAGUGCUCACUAUGAAGAGAACAAGUCCAAGUGGACAUGCACGCAAAGCAGCAUCAGCCCCCACAACAUCUGCGAGCAGAUGGUUCAGACGGAUGACCACAUCCGUUUCAUCUCGGAGCUAGCUCGCUACAGCAACAGUGAGGUGGUGACAGGCUCAGGGCUGGACAGCCAGAAGUCAGAUGAAGAGUACCGGGAGCUCUUUGACCUGGCCCUUCGAGGCCUGCAACUUCUAUCCAAGUGGAGUGCCCAUGUCAUGGAGGUGUACUCUUGGAAGUUGGUUCACCCCACAGACAAGUUCUGCAACAAGGAUUGCCCGGGUACAGCGGAAGAGUACGAGAGAGCCACACGCUACAAUUACACCAGCGAGGAGAAGUUUGCCUUUGUGGAGGUGAUCGCCAUGAUCAAGGGCCUGCAGGUGCUCAUGGGGAGGAUGGAGAGUGUCUUCAACCAGGCCAUCCGCAACACUAUCUAUGCGGCCCUGCAGGAUUUCGCCCAGGUGACACUGCGUGAGCCAUUGCGGCAAGCUGUGCGCAAGAAAAAGAAUGUCCUUAUCAGUGUCCUGCAGGCAAUUCGCAAGACCAUCUGUGACUGGGAGGGAGGCCGAGAGCCCCCCAAUGACCCAUGCUUGAGAGGGGAAAAGGAUCCCAAAGGCGGCUUUGACAUCAAGGUGCCCCGCCGUGCCGUGGGACCUUCCAGCACACAGCUGUACAUGGUCCGUACCAUGCUUGAGUCGCUCAUCGCAGACAAGAGCGGCUCCAAGAAGACCCUCAGGAGCAGCCUGGAUGGGCCCAUCGUCCUCGCCAUAGAGGACUUCCACAAGCAGUCCUUCUUCUUCACACACCUGCUCAACAUCAGCGAAGCCCUGCAGCAGUGCUGUGACCUCUCCCAGCUCUGGUUCCGAGAAUUCUUCCUGGAGUUAACCAUGGGCCGGCGCAUUCAGUUCCCUAUAGAGAUGUCCAUGCCCUGGAUUCUCACGGACCAUAUCCUGGAAACCAAAGAACCUUCCAUGAUGGAGUAUGUCCUCUACCCCUUGGAUCUGUACAACGACAGCGCCUACUAUGCUCUCACCAAGUUCAAAAAGCAGUUCCUCUACGAUGAGAUUGAAGCCGAGGUGAACCUGUGUUUUGAUCAGUUUGUCUACAAGCUGGCAGACCAGAUCUUUGCCUACUACAAAGCCAUGGCCGGCAGUGUCCUGUUGGAUAAACGUUUCAGAGCUGAAUGUAAGAACUAUGGGGUGAUCAUUCCGUACCCACCUUCCAACCGCUAUGAGACGCUGCUAAAACAGAGACAUGUCCAGCUGUUGGGUCGAUCCAUUGACUUGAACAGACUCAUCACCCAGCGGAUUUCCGCUGCCAUGUACAAAUCGCUGGACCAGGCCAUCAGCCGCUUUGAGAGCGAGGACCUGACUUCGAUUGUGGAACUAGAGUGGCUGCUGGAGAUUAACCGGCUCACCCACCGACUCCUCUGUAAGCACAUGACACUAGACAGCUUCGACGCCAUGUUCCGAGAAGCCAAUCAUAAUGUAUCAGCCCCCUAUGGCCGCAUCACCCUGCAUGUCUUCUGGGAGCUGAACUUUGACUUCCUUCCCAACUACUGCUAUAAUGGAUCUACAAACCGUUUUGUCCGAACUGCCAUCCCUUUCACCCAGGAACCACAACGAGAUAAACCCGCCAACGUGCAGCCCUAUUACCUCUACGGAUCCAAGCCUCUCAACAUUGCCUAUAGCCACAUCUAUAGCUCGUACAGGAACUUCGUAGGCCCCCCUCACUUCAAGACCAUCUGCAGACUGCUGGGCUACCAGGGCAUUGCUGUGGUCAUGGAGGAACUCCUGAAAAUCGUCAAGAGCUUGCUCCAAGGUACCAUCCUGCAGUACGUGAAGACACUGAUAGAAGUGAUGCCUAAGAUAUGUCGUUUGCCUCGGCACGAGUACGGCUCCCCAGGGAUCCUGGAAUUCUUCCACCACCAACUGAAGGACAUCAUCGAGUACGCAGAACUGAAGACAGAUGUGUUCCAGAGCCUAAGGGAGGUGGGCAAUGCCAUCCUGUUCUGUCUCCUCAUAGAGCAAGCUCUGUCUCAGGAGGAAGUCUGUGAUCUGCUUCAUGCUGCACCCUUCCAGAACAUCCUGCCCAGAGUCUACAUCAAAGAGGGGGAGCGCCUGGAAGUCCGGAUGAAGCGCCUGGAAGCCAAGUACGCCCCACUUCACCUGGUCCCCCUGAUAGAACGGCUGGGAACACCUCAGCAAAUUGCCAUCGCUCGGGAAGGUGACCUGCUGACCAAGGAGCGGCUCUGCUGUGGCCUGUCCAUGUUUGAAGUCAUCCUGACCCGAAUUCGGAGCUACCUGCAGGAUCCCAUCUGGAGGGGCCCGCCACCCACCAAUGGCGUCAUGCAUGUGGAUGAAUGUGUCGAAUUCCACAGGCUGUGGAGCGCCAUGCAGUUUGUCUACUGCAUCCCUGUGGGGACCAACGAGUUCACAGCUGAGCAGUGCUUCGGUGAUGGCUUGAAUUGGGCAGGCUGCUCCAUCAUCGUCUUGCUGGGCCAGCAGCGACGCUUUGACCUGUUCGACUUCUGCUACCAUCUGCUGAAGGUGCAGCGGCAGGACGGAAAGGAUGAAAUCAUUAAGAACGUGCCCCUGAAGAAGAUGGCUGACCGCAUCAGGAAGUACCAGAUCUUGAACAAUGAGGUUUUCGCCAUCCUGAACAAGUACAUGAAGUCCGUGGAGACAGACAGCUCCACUGUGGAGCACGUGCGCUGCUUCCAGCCCCCAAUCCACCAGUCACUAGCCACCACCUGCUAGGCCGAAAGUCCUGCAGACAGACCUUCAACCUGGAGGAGGAGGAGAAACAGGAGAGGGAACACAGAGGUCAGCCUGCAGCAGGUCCAGCUGACAGCAUGUGGAACCGGCCUGGAAGGAAAAGACAACUCCUCCAACACAUCUGGGCUCCUGCAUGUUCUCCCAUGAUAGCUCCAUGGUGGGUUUUCCAUAGUGUAAAUGAAAAACAACAGAAACACAGGGCAGUGCGUGUUUCCUUCUUAUUUUUAACCUUAACUAUAUCUAAGAGCUACUGUUUCCAUCCCACGGUUCCCAUCCCAUCUGUGAUCGCUUCCCAGGACACUUCCCACCAUCACAGGUCCCUACCCAGUAUCCAUAUGUGAUCCAGCACUGUAGUCUUAGGGGCUAAGAAGAGAAGAGUGUAGCCAUAGCAGAGGUAUCAGCCUGACUCUGCUGUGAGCCUCAGCUUACUGUGUUGUGUGGCUUCCCCCUCCAGUUCCAUGGUCACAUUGCUUCCUGCUCUAGAUGGUAGGGAGUCUAGCACCAAGACUUGACCCUUGGUGAAUCACGAAGAGAUUUCUGACUGUCAAGGCAAUUGAUGAUGUUGGUCAGAGCCUUAUAUACUCUCCCUAAGAGCCACCCUAGCCCCUCCUUGUAGAACAGCCCUAGAGAGGCAAAAAAAGGAUGCUUUCAAAACCGUAUCACACUGAGUUGGGACUAGGGGAAGAAAAUGGCCAGGCCUACGGUGUGGAAACGUAUCUGUCAGCACAGGCCAACUUCAGAUCCCAAAGGAGAGCUGUUAGGCCUUGUCGCCAUGGUGGGAAGAUGAGAUACCCCCUUUCCUCGUGCAGAAGCUUAGCACUGGACCACAUGGGUAACAGACAUGACAGCCAUGGCACGACACAUACCACGAGCUGGUGACCCACUUAGUGACCUCCUAACACAGAUCCUCAUCCAGGAAAAUCCCACAAGAAGGAAAAACAUUAGGGGUUACUUCAACAGACACCUAAACCAUCUUGGAGACAGAGAGGCAGAGGACAGCUUGUCAGCAAGCUUUCAAUCCCGAGACACACCCCACCCCCAAAAGAAGUCCUUCUUUACGCAAACUGGCCUUUUCGUCAUGUCAGCUGCUGAAAGGUUCUUGGAACAUUUUAUUCUUUUGCUCUCAACUUCCUGGUCUCUCCCUUUUGCACACGUUCAGUGCCGGAGCGGAGAUCCUCUCACAGGGGAUUAAUGACUUCUAUUUUUCCAGGCUACCUAAACCGCCCCCGCAGAAUCUGCCCAUGUAAGGAGAUCUCUAAGGAGAUGGCCGUGGCUCCAUACAGAGCUAGUCUUCUCACCUGCAGAGGGAAGCCACAGUCCUGAGCCCCCAAAAUGUAGGAAGUGGAUUAUAGGUAUUCCACCAGCCCAGGGAGGAAGAGAGAAAAUAGAGGACUAGCCAGCCCCUCCUCCAGGGAGGCGAUUGACACCCAUCACCAUUUUUAAUCACACAGAGAACAGUGGAGAUGUAUAUAACCAACACUUUGACAGAUGCAGCCAUGUAUUCCACAGUGAGGUCACGUCAAUCAGAGCCCUUGAGGGUCAUACACUGAGUGUUCAUUUCUGCGCAUGCCUCAGGCAGUCUAAGUCUGAAUCCCUGGGAAUAAGGCCAGAAUAUCCGCAUCUGCAGUUACUCUGCUGCACACCCCAGAUUCAGAGCCCUUGCUGUAGCUGGGACAACGCCACUAACUCCAGGCUCUGGGGCCUCUCUAAGCAAGAGCCAGCAUCAUUUGUAGUGUAGGGAAGUGACCUGAAAUGGAAGCUGGUCAGUCCUCCUGCCUGGCACCACCCCUUCCUAGUGUGAUCUUUUGUCUCCUUUUAAUGACCAUAGAUAAUCUCCACCUCCCAAACUUCUUGCCUGAGAAUAGUACUUGACUCUCAGAUAAACAGGUUUUAUACUCUAGAGUUCAUUCUAAGUGCUCCAUCUCUGGUCUGUGGAGAUACGGCCCGUUCCCUUCAGAAGUUUACCAUUCUGGCUGCUCCUCCUUCCCAUCCUGCACUCGUGACCCCAAAAGUUGACCCUCUGGGAAGAGCCACAAUCUCAAGAGAUUUGAUCCCAGUAAAUCGAGGUCCUCACUUGGAGGGCAGAGCUCUCUCUCAUUUCCUCCGCACUUGUCUGUGGACACUGCACAGCUUCAGUGUUCUCUCUCUAGUGGUCCUUCUCUCCCUUUCCACCUUUCUGACUUUUUUUUUUAAAUGUAUGUAAAAGUCAAGAAAAAAAAAAGCUUAGAUUUUAAAAUGUUUUAAAAAGAAUUCUGUUUCAGAAACUGUCAAGUGUGUACCAUAUUUGUAUUAAGAGUUGUUGGGGAUUUUUGUACAAUGAAUUUACAUUUAUUUAUGGUGAACCUAUAUUUACGCUCGUGAUCAAAAGAUGUUAAAUUCUUAAAUCAUAUUUG